ACGGAGGGUGUGCCGGGUCUGUACAGGGGGUACGUGCCCGGCAUACUCAACGUAAGUCACGGCGCCCUCCAGUUUAUGGCGUACGAGGAGCUCAAGACGUUAUACGUGACCAGUCGUGGUCUGGAUGCCGGCGCUAAGUUGGAUACGACGGCAUACCUGUGCUGCGCGGCGCUCAGCAAACUGUUUGCCGUCACCAUUACAUACCCGCAGCAACUCCUAAGGGCUCGCCUACAGGACCAACACAAUCGCUAUGACGGCCUCAUCGACGUGAUUAGGAGGACCUGGAGGGCUCGCCUACAGGACCAACACAAUCGCUAUGACGGCCUCAUCGACGUGAUUAGGAGGACCUGGAGGUUUGAGGGCCUCCGGGGCUAUUACAAGGGACUGUUACCCAAUCUGAUGAAAGUGACCCCGGCCUACAUGGAGUUGAAGCCAGAAAUCUAUCAAAGUCUCAAUUAUUUGCCCAAAGAGUUUGCAAUAAAGACAUUCACGAGACUUCGUGAUGAGAAUAAAUCAUACGGUCUGGUUGUAGACCUGGGACCUGGUGAUGGAGGGUUAACCAAAGUACUGUCAACUUAUGUCAACCAUAAACGCAUUGUGGCCUUAGAUAUUGAUCCUGGUUGUAUAUCUCAUUGCAAACAAAUUAACGGGGUCAAAACCAUAGAAUAUGAGAUACAAGACUUGGGUGUAGAAUGGGAUCAGUUUAGAUCAGAUCUUAAGCGACAACUGGAGGGCAAAUUUAGAUCAGAUCUUAAGCGACAACUGGAGGGCAAAGUAGAGCUCAUAUUCUCUAACUUUACACUACAUUUCAUACCAAAUAAGAGGCAAUUACUGGAAGUUAUAUCCAGACUAUUGGCUCCAAACGGCAUAAUUCACGCAAAUUUUAUAGUCAUCUCUGAUUUGAACAAAAAGUUACCCAUAGAUGACCGAAAACCUGAGUACCUAUCAGUUGAUCAACAGAUAGACAUCUGGAGGGAGAGUAUAGUUGACAAUGGAUUAAAGAUUACGGAGUUUAGUGUUGUGGACGCGGUUUGGCAUAUGAGUCACUUUAUUCCGGUUCCCGUCGGCUUUUACAGGACGUUCAUCAAAGCGGGCCAACCAUUUGAUGGCAAACGACUAACUGGUGCCGUGUUUGACGCGCUUAUAAAUCCCGGUGCGGAUCAGCCAAACCCUAACGCCUGGAAGGAAUUCCUCGCCAAUGAAAGCAUCACUAAAGUUACUAUUCAUGUGAAAGUCAUGAGUUUUAUUGCCGUUAAAUAA